AUGGUCUUCCGGCAGUGCUCUGUCGGGGGUAGCGCAUACCGAGGUACUAGCGGAGACGAGGAGUCAACAACCAAGGUUGGCCUGCCUGACGAUGGCGAAGAACACACGGCUCCGUCCCUUCGUUCCCAGUCGCCAGUACUAAUGGAAGGCAAGAAGACGCCGGUAUCCUCGUCAUCGGAGGACGCCCCAGAUCCCCUCGCCGCUGACUCGGUUGGGCUCUCUGACGGCGCACUCGCGCAUUUCCGCGAUACGAUGCUGUCCUCUGACAUCGUCUCCGCGGUAUUCGCCGACGCUGAUGCGGAGAGCGCGAAGCAUGCGCGGCUGAUCAACGGCUUCUUCACCGUGCUCGCCCUCUGCCAUACUGCUCUCGCGUCCAUGGAUCCCACCACAGGCGCCAUAGCCUACAAGGCACAGAGCCCGGAUGAGGCCGCGCUCGUGCAAGCGGCGGCGGACGUGGGAUUCGUGUUCCGUGGGCGUGACAAGGAGGUUCUGACGCUGCAGACGCCGUUUGCGGGCGCGUUCGAGCGGUGGGAGCUGCUGAACAUCCUCGAGUUCAACUCGCCGCGCAAGCGGAUGAGCGUGAUCGUGCGCAAGCUGGACGAGGAGGAAGAGGGGCGGCGGCUGUUCUUGCUGACGAAGGGCGCGGACAACGUGAUCUUCGAGCGGCUUGUGCCGGGCGAGGAAGAGCUGAAGCGCAGCACGGAGGUGCAUCUGGAUGAGUUUGCAGGGCAGGGGCUGCGGGCGCUCACGCUGGCGUACAAGACUAUCAAUGAGGUUCAUUCUGGCGUAGAGGACGACUACAAGGUGUGGGCGCGCAAGUUCCAGGAGGCAUCUGUCUCGCUCGAUGAUCGCGAGGCGAAGCUGGAGGCGGUGUACGAGGAGAUCGAGGGCGGCCUGAGCCUGCUGGGCGCGACCGCCAUCGAGGACCGUCUGCAAGACGGCGUGCCGGAGGCCAUUGCGGACCUCAAGCUUGCUGGGAUCAAGGUGUGGGUAGCGACCGGCGACAAGGUGGAGACUGCUAUUGCUAUUGGGCACAGCACGAACCUGAUCGGCCGCGAGGACAACAUCAUCGUCAUUCGUGGCGGUGUCGACGGGCAGCGCGAUGUCUAUACGCAGAUGUACACUGCUGCCGAGGAGUUCUUCCCGGAGAGCGGCAUCCUCGAGGAAAAAGGUGUCAGCCUCGACGUCGUGUCUGAGACGCAGCGCUCGUACCCGCUGCAGCGCGUGAACACUGCCGCGUCGGAUCUCGUGGGGCACAACAAUGGAGACCAUGAUCAUGUCCUCGUCGCACUUCCGGAGCUGUACGCAUACAGUCGUCGCGGCGGGUACUAUGAUACGAAGCUCUUCCUGGUCUACAUGCUUGACGGUAUUGUCCAGGUAGGUUAUUUUGUGCGCUAUCUUGUCACGGCACUCACAUGCAAUCAACAAUUCACGUUGAUCUUUUUCUUGAUCUUCUACGCGUAUGAAACGACGACGACGGAUGGUUACGCCGUGUAUCAAUAUGAGUUUUCUACAACAAUGGCCGUUGCAGCCGUGACUGCCGCCAACCUUUGCAACGGACUGAACACGGCCGUUUGGACAGGCUGGGUAUUCUUUGCGGUUGCGCUCGGCAUUGUACUGGUCUGGGGAUAUACGGGUGUCUAUUCAGCCAUCACUCCUGGCUGGUUCUCAACGCCCAUCUAUGGUAACGACGCGUAUCUAUGGCCAUCAGCAUAUUUCUGGUUCUGCAUCCUCCUCACCGUCGUUCUGGCUCUUCUGCAGCGGUAUCUGUGCAAGUGGUACAAGUUCGCUUUCUACCCCGCCGAUGUUGAUCGAGUGCGGUGGCUGCACAAAAUCUACCCCAACCGCGACUUCUCUCAAUACAAGGAGACCGACCUUCAGGGACUUCGACGAUCUGCCUCGCAACGCUCUACCGCCAUGGCUAAGCGGCCUUUCGCGCAUUUCGCUGGCAGCCACACUGACAUGUCUACGGGCAUGCGCUCCCAACAUCGCGGAUUCGACUUUGCGACGGAAGAGAACGGAGUGGCACUGCAGCGCAUGCAGACAAACCUUUCAUAA